CCUGUUCGCAUGCACAUUUCUUCCCCUUUUUUUUCACUUGGGAUUGCCUUCCAUCGCCCCAUGAUAAUGACCCAAAACCUCAUGCCUUUAACAAUGCUGUCGUACGCGGGCUGCAGCUUGCUGAUCCUCUCCGCGUCUCUCGCCGGUGCCUCCCUCGCCGAGAUGGUGUUCCGCUGCCCCGGCUGCACCGCGGAGCGUCAGGCGCUGUGCCCAACGCUCACCGAGGCUUGCGCGGAGAUAGUGCGCGAACCCGGCUGCGGGUGCUGCCCCGUGUGCGCCCGGCAAGAGAACGAGAUGUGCGGCGUGUACACACCGAGGUGCUCCACCGGUUUGCGAUGCUACCCGACGCCCGACUCGGAGCUUCCUCUGGAGCAACUGGUGCAGGGCCAGGGGCAGUGCCGGCGCAAAGUGGACACCGAGACGACCACUUACAGCCAGGAGCAGCGGGAGCAAACCAGCGGUGAGGCCGUGGAGCCGCUGCCUGAGCAGGGUGUGAGUGAGAUCCCAGCCAUCCGGAAGCCCAGCAAAGAGACCACCUGGCUGGGUCCCAAAGAAAGCGCCGUACGGCAGCACAGACAGGAGAUGAAGACCAAGAUGAAGACCAACAAGGUGGAAGAGGUGAAACCUGCACGGCCUAAACAGACUCAGUGUCAGCAGGAGCUCGACCAGAUCCUGGAGAGGAUAUCUAAGAUGCCCUUCAGAGAUAACCGAGGUCCCCUGGAAGACCUGUACGCCCUGCACAUCCCCAACUGCGACAAGAGGGGGCAGUAUAACCUCAAACAGUGCAAGAUGUCUCUCCAUGGUCAGAGGGGCGAGUGCUGGUGCGUCAACCCUCACACAGGCCGAUCUAUCCCAUCAGCCCCCACUGUGAGGGGCGACCCCAACUGCAGCCAGUACCUCAGAGAGCUGGAGCUGGAGCUUCCCGACAUGGCCCAGAUAUAAUGUGGCAUGAAACAAACAAAACAAAAAAAAACUGUAAAGUACUUGGGA